AUAUGCUUACAGCUAUCCUUAUUGGUGCCCUGAUCGCAGUCUCCUGGGCUGACGAGACUUACGAUGAUCCAAACACCUUGCCAAAUAGACAAACUAUGGUCCAUCUCUUCGAGUGGAAGUGGAAUGAUAUAGCUAAGGAAUGUGAAGACUUUCUGCAACACUACGGAUAUGGAGCAGUUCAGAUCUCGCCACCCAUGGAACAUCUCUGGAUAGUCAAAAAUAAUGGGGUACCUUGGUGGGUCCGAUACCAACCUGUCAGCUACAAACUGCAGAGUAGAAGCGGUUCUCGUUCAGAAUUCAUCAGCAUGGUUGAGAGAUGUAAUAAAGUCGGUGUCAGGAUCAUAGUAGACGGUGUCUUCAACCACAUGGUUGGUGUCGGUCAGAAGAAGGGUGCGUACAACGUCAAGUCUUCAGGUGAUUCCGACUUUGAUGGCACCGAUGGAGUUGAAAAUUUCCCAGGCGUUGGGUACACGAAAGAUCAUUUUGAUGACUGGCGAUGUCACGGAGAUAUCAAUCGCGGAGACUACCAAGGAAGUGCUGAAAGAGUUAGAAACUGCCGUCUUACUGGCCUUCUAGACUUAAAUCAGGGGCACGAAUUUGUGCGCAAAAAGGUCAUAGCGUACAUGAAUGAACUGAUUGACAUUGGCGUGGCUGGAUUCCGACUUGACGCAUCAAAACAUAUGUGGCCGGCAGAUCUGAAAGCAAUUGUUGACGGCGUUAAAAAUGUUCGUAGCGAUAUUUUUGGUGCCAACAAACGACCAUUUAUUGUCCAUGAGGUAAUAGAUCGCGGUGGUGAAGCAGUUAAAUGUAAUGAAUAUAUUGACAUUGGACGUUACACAGACUUCAACUACGGAUCAACGGUGGCAAAGGCAGCGUGGAAACAGAUCGAUUUCAGUGACAUGAGGUACUUCGGAAAGGGUUACGGCUAUGGCAACCUUGACAGCCACGACGUCUUAGCCUUCAUUGACAACCACGACAACCAACGUGAUUCCAGCCCCUACGUACCAACAUACAAGAGUGGAGAUCAAUAUGCAAUGAGCGUUGGUUUUAUGCUCGCCUGGAAUUACGGUUACCCCAGAGUCAUGAGCAGCUACUACUUUUCAUACAGCGAUCAAUCACCACCUGCUGGAUCUAACUAUGCGACCACAAGUCCAGUCAUUAACCAGCAGUACAAAACAUGUGAAGAAAGUUCUGGAUGGGUAUGCGAACACCGUUGGUAUGCAAUCCGAGGUAUGGCAAGAUUCCGACAAGAAGUUACUGGAACUGGAGUUGACAACGAGAAAUACGAACAACAUCGUUUGGCUUUCGGGCGGGGAGGCAAAGGUUACUUCGCACUGAACAAUGGCUACGGAGUUUGGUCAUUUACCGCUUCAACUGGAAUGCCAGCAGGAACAUACUGCGAUGUCUGGACUGGUGAGAAAAAGAACAAUGCAUGUACUGGCGUUACCGUCACCGUACAAAGCAAUGGUAAGCUUUCUCAACACAAAAGACAAAAUAAAAUGAGCGUAAAAUGAGU